CAGAGCCAACACACUCUCCGAUCUGGGAGGAGACCGUGACUGCAGAAAUCGACACAGUGAAGGCAGAUGAAGAAGAUGUUUCCCUGAUUGUGGCUGACAAAGACACCAAAGAGAUUUUAGCAAAAUACAGUCUCCCUGUGAAGUACUUGCGUCCCUUCCACCACUAUCACUGUGCACUGGUGCUGCCUCGGAAGAAGGACCCAACAGGGACAAAGCUGUAUGCUACCAUCAUUCGUAAACGCAGCCUCAUCCCUCACUAUGCUGGAGUGAAUUACACAGGCUUGGAGGUUUUUCUCAAGGGAAUCAAUCAGCCUCUCGCACAACCCGACGGCAAAGUGUUGGCCAUUAGUAGGAUUGUGAACAACAUCGCAGCUUACAUGAAAGAGAUGAAAGCUCGCCCUCUUGAUGCUCCUCCAGUCCCAGAGACUCAUGUUACCUUCCCAGAUCCCACAAUGGAGGAUUUUGAUGUCCCACAAGUCACCAACCAAGGAUACCCACAGGUUUCUCCAGCUGGUGGGCCUGCUGAACAGCCAACAUGGAACUCAUCCUUCUUGUUGCAAGGAAGGGAUGGAGCCACUGCUUUCUCAGAUGACACCGCCCUUGUGAUUGAAUACUACAAAGCAAAUUCAGAUGGAAGCCUGGAAGUCACACCAAAGCACUUGGGCUUCUCUGUGUUGCCACUAACUAAUCGUGUGUAUCGGAAGCUUGUGGCAGAUAGCAGCAGGAAAGGUGUUCGUGUAGAAAACCUUCCCAUUCAGAAUACAAAUCUGCGAACCAGCACUGGAGAAGUCCCAACCGUCCAGCUUGGUCUUCAGCUGAUCAGUUCAGAGAGGCCAGAUGUGUUUCUGACAUCGUCGACCACGGAUGGCCUUCCUGUCCUGGAUCCAGAGCUGGUGGGAGAGCUCGGAACUAUCAAGGAGCCAUGGGCGAGGCCACCUUCAAAAUCUGAUCAGAAGGACGCCAUGGUUCCAGUGCCUAAACGAGAGAGUUCCUUCAUUGCACCUGAACACAAGAUAUCCUUUCUUGAUCUAAGAGAGUUACACAAAGAUGAGUUGCCACCCCACGAUGCUGUGGCUGAGAUCCUCCCAGAGAAGCACACCAGGCCAGUCAUCGAAGAGGUCCCAGAUCUGGAGAUGGAAAAUUACCGCACAGCCAUGCAGAGGAUGGCGGAUGAUAUCCUGUCCUUGCGCCAGCACAUUACCAACCUGGAAGCUGAGAACAGCACCCUGCGACGCAACCUGGCCAUGCAUGAGGACGUGGGCCGUGCCCUGUUCCAUGACAUAGACGUUGAUGUCAUGACAAAGGCAGAAAUUGUGGACAGGAUAUUGGCUCUUAAGCAAAAACUAACCUCUGGGGCUCGGGAGAUGGCCAGGAUGAAAGACCGGGUGCAAAGGCUGCAGAAUGAACUGAUUCGGAAAAAUGACCGGGAAAAGGACUUGGUGAUGCUACAACGAGCUCACCACCAGCAGCAGAUGGUGCUAAGGAAAUACCAGGCUAAGGUCGCCAAGAUGCAAGCUCUGGAAGAUGCUGUGAGGAAGCAGGAAAAGGUCAUAGAAAGGAUGGAGACAAUGCUGGAAGGGAAGAUGAAGGAGCGGUUCAAAGAGGACACUCAAUUCUCUGACUUAUCGCUAGGUGCACUCCCAGGUGACAGCUGGUCCAAGGGUCUCUACUCCACCCUGAUGAUGGAGAACAUGAGGCUCCGAGAUGAACUGGGGAAGUCCUCCUGUUACCGUUCCCCCAUCAUAUUGCAGCAGCAAGCCUUGCCGGAUACAUUUUCCAACAGCACCGAAAAGCUCUCAUUGAUUUCUAAACUGGAGAGGGCCGAAGCUCGCAUCAAUGCCUUGGAAUGCCAGCUGGAGGACUCUGCCAGGAAAUGGGGGCGAGAAAAACAGGACUACAGCACACGGCUCCUAGAGCAUGACCUUGGAUUUGGCCAAUCUCCGUCUUCACUCUUAUUACAUGAUUUGUUGCUGGACGAGAAGGAAGGGAGAGGGGACGAAGAGGAGAAGAUAACAAAGUUAUACGGAGUGAAGAAAGGGACGACCAUGCAAAAGUAGCCCAGUGCAGGGUUGGCUCCAUUCAUAGAAGUCUCGUCCGAAUUCAACAGCACACCUCAAGAGGCAUCGGAGUCUUCAUCCUUUGCCAUAGCUCCCCAGGAC